AUGAUAGUUUUAUCAGGACUGAAGAAACUAUAUAUUAAAGAUAUUAUAUCUCGAGCUCUAUCCCAUGUCACAAACUUUAACCUCUUGUGUUGGCAGCUGUUCGAAAAGUUGCGACGGGACUCUCCACACGAGCUUCUGAAAAUCAUUCCUGUAGCUGGGGACGUGACGGAACAUGAAUUGGGCAUCUCAGAAACUGAUCAGAACACGCUCAUUCGAUGCGUGUCGGUCGUCUUUCAUUCCGCUGCCACGGUAAAAUUCGACGAAGCGCUGAAACUUUCAGUUACCAUCAACAUGGUCGGCACCAAACAGCUAUUGAAUCUGUGCCAUCGCAUGCACAAUUUAGAGGCCCUCAUCCAUGUUUCGACAGCAUAUUGCAACUGCGAUCGUAAGGACGUCGGCGAGGAGAUUUAUCCGCUGUCAACCGAACCUGAACACGUAAUCGCAUUGACGAAGGUCAUGGAUACCAAGAUGGUUGAUGAAAUAACACCGACUCUGAUCGGCAACAGACCGAAUACCUAUACGUUCACCAAAGCCCUCACCGAGAGGCUGCUGGAAUCGGAAUCCGGUUAUUUGCCAGUCGCAAUUGUGAGACCUUCUAUCGUGUUGUCGUCGUUUAGAGAGCCAGUGGCUGGAUGGGUAGACAACUGGAACGGACCGACUGGAAUUAUUGCCGCUGUUGGCAAAGGUGUCUUCAGAACUAUGCUGUGUUACGAAGAUAAGGUAGCAGACUUAGUACCGGUCGACAUAGUGAUUAACUUGAUGAUCUGCACGGCAUGGAGGACCGCUACGAAUCGCACGCAGACGAUCCCCGUGUACAAUUGUUGUACAGGCCAACAGAAUCCAAUUACUUGGAAGCAGUUCGUCGAAAUGGUGUUUAAAUACACACGAAUGCACCCGCCGAACGGUGUGUUCUGGUAUCCGGACGGACUGUGCCGUCACUCCGUUAUAAUGAAUAAGACGUGCUUGUUCUUCCAGCACAUGUUACCGGCGUACGUUGUAGACUUUUUCCUGCGGCUAAAGGGUAAACCGACUAUCAUGGUCGACAUACAGAUGAAGCUCCACAAAGCCGCCACUUGCUUGGAGUACUUCAGCACGAAAGAAUGGAAGUUUAGAGACGACAAUGUUCGUCGGUUAGGGGAACAGCUCAGCCCCGAGGACCGAGAGACUUUUAUGUUUGAUGUUAGAGAAAUUAACUGGGGAACGUAUUUGGAGGACUACAUAUUGGGAAUUCGACACUUCAUUUUGAAGGAGAGUCCGGACACGUUGCCAGCUGCUCGUUCACAUAUUAAAAAGUUAUAUUGGCUUCAGAAAGCUGUACAAUUUGGGAUGUUGUUGAUAGUGCUGCGUUUUCUGCUUUGGCGCAGUUCCGUAACCCGAACUGCAUCUUUGUCACUGCUGUCUAUCGUGCUACGCAUGUGCCGUAUGAUUGUUUGACGGCUCAGAACCCUGGUUGAGGAUCGCGACAAGCGUGAUAUGAAACAAAAGUUAAUCGUAAAGCAUAAUUUAAAGGUGCGGAUUGUCCUUCGACUUCACUGCUCGGCGUUCCCGACGAUAAAUCGCUAUGUUCACGCGUCCCAUUGUUUGGCCUUUUCGAUGUUUCUAUUUGUUCGUAAAUAUUAGCGUUCGCUAGCUCUGUAAUUCUGCAGGAUGUGUCGGUUGUAACAUUUAAAAAAAUACGCAGGGUGAAGCAACGUGUAUGCGAAGCUUCCGAAAUUAUGUGAAUCCUUUGUUAUUCGAAAUUGCUCGAAAGAGUUAGUUAGUUAAUCCUUUUGUAAUAUUUGCGUCGUCUUCUUGUUCGAGAUAGCAUUUACAAAAAGAGAAAAAAGUAAAAACGGAAAGAAAGUUCACGUUUUAUUGCGAGUUAUCGUGACGCGUUCUCUUUUAUGCCGCCAAGGUGUAACGUUCUUGAACAUCGAUUUAUCGCAUAUCGCCGAUUUGUAAUGAUGGGACACUAGGAGUAUUCGAUCAAUUUAGAUGCCAUGAGACCUUUUGGUCUGGAUUUCCUGGAUGUUUAUCUGGGUGUUACUUUGCGGUAUCAUCGAGCACCGCCUCUUAAAAUAAUACGACGCGUAAACUCCAUGAGCCGGCUGGUCGAAUACUGGCCGAAUAUUUAAUGUAUCAGAAAAAACCUUGUGAUUUGCUAUCUUAAUAACAUCGUUGAGAUUUUUUUUUAAAUCCUUUUCUAAAUGUUUUAGCUUGAAGACCAAAAACGAUCAUAGUUUACAGAUCAUUUAAGGAGAAAUAUUUGUUAUUCGUAUAUUUUUACGUUCCAAAUAUUUAUCUCCGCAACGGUUAAGAAUUUAAAAAAAAUACUUGUUAUAUAAUUUGUUCUUUUCGCGCGUUGAAGCUUUGAACCAGUUUCCUUAAAUUUUUAAUCGACAAGGUUUUACUGUAUUCCAUUGCCGAGGAAACACGUUUCGCUGCUUUGUUUUGCCAAACAAAAACAAACCCACAUUUAAUAUUAAUUGUAGAAAUAAAUGGAAGCGGUAGAUAUAUAAAUGUAUUUUAACAUAGCCAAACAAAUUUUAACGCCCGUAAUCUUCCUUCCUUUUCAUAAUUUUUAUGCGAUAAAUUAAGAAAUAACGCGAACUUCUCUUCCUGCAGGAUUGUUUAAUCCUUUCACGCGUGGGUUUUUAAGCGCCAACCCCGCUCAUUAAGUGAGUUCUUUUUUUCCACAAUUUAGUAUAAUAUGCCGCUACGUACGGCUGUAUAUGAUGAAAUUACGUACACAUAAAAACCCAAAGGAUUAAACAUUAGCCCAACGUCGAAUCCUUUCGAGUCUAAUGUUGAAACAUCAAUUUCCCUUUAAAUUAUUGUUACAAGUUAAACACGCAUACGUUUAUGUCUAGUAUUCGGGGACAUUUUUCCCACAAAGUAGUACAUCGCUGCAUAGACUCAAAAGGAUUAAUUAAAAAAUUUAAAUGCCGGCUAGAGGAGUUACAAAUACGUCGUGCCUUUGUGUCGUCGCUAUCUGGCAUUUUUUGUUCGUUUGUACUGCGACGUAAGAUACAUAGAUGGAUAUUUAGCCAUGUUCAUAUAACAAAUACGAUCGAUUUAUUCGAUUUCACUAUCAACGAACCAAGUUACUUUUUGGAGGAUUGGGGAAACAUUAAUGAAUUAUAAUUUCUAACCUAUAUCUCUACUACAAUUUUUAAUCUAUACAUAUAUUAGAAUUUCUACAUUCCCUUCGGUUUUGUGUACUUGCCCGGAAUAAAAGAUUACCGUAUGCUUAUAAAAUUAAUGUUUAAAAUAUUUACUUCGUUCAUGCGCUGUAUCGUUUGACGUCAGCCUUGCUCCUUUUCCUUUAAUAAUAAACAAAACUCGAUGGAUUACACGAAUAAUGUCAGCAUCAUGGAUAAUUUCAUUCGUUGUUGAUGAAAUUGAAAAUAAAUCCGAGAGACAUCUUGACAAAAGUUAAGACAUACAAUUAUACUAUAACGAACAAAAGACUACUGAAGACGAAAUGUCUCGUACAAUGUACCCGAUAGAUUUAUUCAUGUUUAAAGUGUAUUAGCGUUCCUUUCGAAUGAAAAUUUCCGUCAUGGAGACCAAUCCAUUGAAAUACGUAGCCAACGUCUAACGUUUUUUCGAAAACUGCCACCGGUAGGCAAAAAAUAAUAGAAUCAUAACCGAGGCACAUGGUUGACGAAGGUCGUUGAAACGCUUGAGGGUAAAUGUGAGAGAAGAUAUAGAAAUAUCACUACGUAUCUUACGCGUACUAUGGUCAUGGUAUUACUGACGCUAAAAUUUUGAAGGCAUUGGCAACUUAAUCUUAUCUUCCGGUCGAGUUCUUCGCACGUAAUGACAUUUAUUAAGCGGCUCGUUCAUCGAGCGACGAGGAAAGCCGAAAUUAGAAUCGAUAGGCGAAGAGAAGACAAAUUUGUAUAUACGAGUUAUUGAUAUUAACGAAGAAGACAAUUUUAUAUAAUAUAAUUCGUGCAUCCGUUUCGUCACUCAUUCGUGUAUUAGACUUUCCAACGCGUAUUUCAGUCAAUAUGUCUCCUCCGAUGUACAUCUAUAUUUUACCGCGACAUCCUAUGUACAGUACAAAUUUUCAAUAUUCGUAUCCAACACCGUUACGGAUCAACAAUUAGCUGCGCGCGCGAACUUGUUUUAAGAUCGAAGAAAUCCUCGAAAAUCUUGAUGCUUGAUCCACAAAAAGCGUUUCCUUGUAACUGUCUAUGCGAAAUUAUAGCACAAGUUUAAGACUUCUUUUAUAUAUUAACUGAUGGUACGAUAAAUAGAUGUAAGACUUAUUCAUCCCCGUACGAAAUCGGUUAACGAAAGAACUAGUUCGCAAGCUCGUAUGAUCCGUGAAAUGUUCUGCGUAUUAAACGUCCGAAUCACACAAUAAUAUAGAUUAAUUUUCAAUUCGAUAAAUAUUGAAAUUUUGAUUACUGUAGUCUACAGUUCACAUUAUACGCAUAUGGAAGGAUUACACUUGAUGCGGUGAAGGAUUAUUAUGCUUGGCUACGUUUUGAUGUCUCUAGCAACGUACGAUAAGAUUUCGAGUUACGGCUUGGUAAUUUAGCAUGUAAUACUCCUCGCUAUCUUGUGCGUUCGAUGAGUAUCUCUGCGAUGUUUACAUUCUCGUGAAUAUUAAUUUCGCGUUUGUAUUCUGCGAAUGUUUUGUUAAGCGUUCGUUAACCCUCUGUAGUCCAUUACCUCUUCGGCAUUAAAUGUUAAUAUAACGUUUAUCGUUUCGAUAAUCAUAUUCAGACUCUUUUUUCAAAGUGUCUUAUAAUAUUGUUAGAACCAUUGUAGGGAAUUACAGAAAGAGUUUAAUUAAAGUUGUCUAAAACCAUU